AGAAGAAGAAGAAGAAGAAGAAGAAGAAGAAGAAGAAGAAGUUAGUCUGCGGAACCUUCGGUGUUUGUUAGUCGUAUUGUACGGAGCCUUUAUAGUGUAACUCCAUGAUGUCAGCUCUAUUGCAAACACAUGUGCAGUUGUCUGCCGAUGCAGAGCCUCGGCUUGAGGACAACAAUGACCAGAGUGAAUCUGAAAGAGAGAGCAACGAUGAAAGGUCAGAAGAUGGAGAGAGUGAUGCAGAAGAAAAUGACAGAGAUGGGGAAGAGGCAGAGGAUGAAGAUGGAGGGGAGGAGGAAGGAGAUGGCGAUAACGCUAAUGCUGGGUGGGCUGAGGCCAUGGCAAAGGUCCUGGGGAAGAAAACCCCUGAGGCAAAAACCAGCAUCCUGGUGAGGAACAAAGAGCUAGACAAGAAGAAGGAGAAAGAAAAAAAAGAGCAGCUGGACAGAAAGAAACAGGUUGACAAAAAGCGAGCGUGGGAGAUGAUGUGCAGGGAGAAACCUGAUAUAGUGAAGGACCGUGAGAGUGAAAAAGCUCUACAGAGAAUCUCUACCAGAGGGGUGGUGCAGCUGUUCAACGCUGUGAGGAAACACCAGAAGACGAUCGAUAACAAGGUGAAGGAAGUUGGUGGCUCCGAGAGGAAGAAGGCCAAGUUGCUGUCGUCUGUCUCCAAGAAAGACUUCAUCGAUGUGCUGAGAAGGACAGAGGGAGGCAGCGCAGCUACUGGCAAGACUGAGAAGGACGCUGCUGCAGCAGAGGAGAAGCCUGCCUGGAGUGUCCUCACAGACGACUUCAUGAUGGGAGCCACCAUGAAAGACUGGGACAAAGACAGUGACGGAGAGGAGGCUGAUGCACACCCAGGAGCAGGGGUGGAGGAAAGUGACUCAGACUGACACCAUCCAUACAGACUCAAGAGACUGUAAAGCAGGCUGUGAUGCCUUCAGGGACCUUUUUCUAGAACAGAAAAUCUGCAACAACAAAUGGGUGGCUAAAAUCUGGAAAGUGUUCUUCAACGAUUUGUACAAACAAACAUUUUUAUAGUAUCUCACAGUGAUAUUUGUUGCUAAAUAUAUUGUGCGGAGAAGGGAAUGUUUGUACCUGUUGAACAUUCUGUACUCUACAAAUAUGUGGAGACUGAAUGUAACAUAUAUUGAGCUCGGGGAAUAUAAAGACGUUCCGCGCUGUGUGGAGCUGCAGGUUUUGAGCUCCUGACCUCCAUCAUAGAUUCAGCAUCAGUUUGCUCCCAUUUAAUCCCAAAAGCCCUGUGAAAGUGUAAUCUCUGUAAAUAGGAAUGUUUUGUAAAAUGCUGGUUGAAUAAACAGCCAAUUCAUGUGCA